GGCCCUCUUUUUUGCAAUGUCUGCUCAGGUGCUGUGGACGCUGGUGGUGUUGUGUGUCGUGGUUAGCGUUGGCCGGAGUUGGCUGAUUACGAUGCCGUCGCCGCCGCUCGAUGAAGGCCAGCUUGAUACGGAGGAAACGAUCGCCCAACGAGAUAUCCGCAAAACGGCCUUACAAAACAGCGAACUGGGUAAAACCCUUAUUAAUUUCCGCCAGAAUACCGGUAUGCGUACCCGCAAACCGUCCUCAUCUGGUCAACCGUACAGCGACAACUUUUGGAAUUCCUUGCUGCAACUCCUCGAACAACGCAAAGCCGGGGCCACAACGGAGCCGCCAUCGCUGAAAACCACCCGGGUGACGUUCGCCGGUGGAUGGAAUCAGAUGCUGUAUCCGGAGAAUCGCAUCGCGUUGGGACCGUGGAUAAUGAACUGAUUUAUACGGACACACAGCGCUGGCGCUUAAUUAAACCAAGAGUAAUUUGUUGCCGCCAGUUUACACUGUCCACCUGAACGGCGCUCGAUGAACUGUGUCAUUCUAGUAAUACCGUGUUUGUUGAUGGGAGUUU